AUGACUGCUCAAUCUCAUCCACUUCUCCCCACCCUCCUCCACCUGCCCUGUCCCUUCCUUGACUUUGACACUACCGUCAAUGUCCUCCACGCGUGCAGCAUGGCGCGCCACAACACGAAGCCCAGCAACUUCUGCAUGACUGCCACCAGCGGCAUGUCGGCACCCCUGACGUGGGGUCAAGAAGGCGAGGCGUUCUUGAUGGCCAUGUACCGGGGCAUCAAGAGCGUCACGGUCGCCAACAAGUCUGCUCUCCUGACCUGGCUGGGCGCGGGCAGAUCGCUUCAAGACGACCACUGGAUCGGAGACGCGUUCUUGGCAGUCCGUACAAUCUCGUUCACGCCCACGGCCGUCAAGCAGCUCGGCCGUGUUAACGAGGCGAUCCAACAAUCGCUUCGUUACCACCUCGAGCCGGCCGCGUACAUGCUCACCGAACGCGACGCGCAGCACGCCCUGUGGCGUCACCUGGCCGAGAUGUCGCCGAUGGUCAAGACUGUCGACAUCACCGCGUCGAGUCUCCCCACUCCUGUCGACGUGGACGAGGACAUCGCCUGCCACCUGGCCACACAGCCAGAGUGGCGCUUUCUGUUCCCUCUGUGGCGCCACCUCCAGGUCGUCUCGUUUUUCGACUGCCUGUCCCAGCCACCCCUUCCCCCGCCCUCCGCCCAUGUCACCUUGACCAUAUACAUCCACUACGCCUCCCGUCCCCGCCGCACGGUCCUCACCCUUGAGGAUGUCGACGCUGGCGUGCCCUUCGGAUUCGAGGUCAUUUUCACCAACCUCGGUCCGCUGGCGCGCAUCAAGCGCGACGACGACGAGGAGGUCCGCAUCCCGUAUGGCCCUGCAGUCAACACCCACGCUUUCGUCGACCGCGCCGAGUUGGGACCAAUCUGGGCCAACCUCGGUAGUCACCUCGACCACAACACUGCCAUCGCCCUCAUGCACACGCCUCACCUCGUGCGCGACAACCUUCGGCCUACGGGUUUGUCAAUCUCGUUUGACGCCAACACAGCUCCGCCUCCUUCCUGGGGUGGUGCGUUCGCCCAGACAUUCCUCAAAGCCUCCUACCUGGCCGUCACCGAGGUUGAGGUCGCCAAUGCGCGGUUGCGCGCACAAUUCCCGCCCAACCCUAUCAUUUGCCCAUUCGCGUCGGUUCAAGCGGUGUCGUUCGAGGGUGAUGCCGUCCAGGACCUCAGCCGCCCCAACGGUGCCAUCAAGAGCAACGAGAAGUCUCUGGGGCGAGUUUUCAAGUACAACAUCAGGGCACGCGAAGACCAACGCGUGGUGUGGACUCGGAUUGCCGCCAUGGCGCCUGGUGUCACGACCGUGAACAUCACCAACACUCCGGCGGCGGGCACCACUACGCCCCACAACCUUCUCUUUCACCACGACGUGCAGCGCUACGCCAACGCUCAACCAGAGUGGGACCACCUCCUUCCCCUCUGGCCCCGGCUCGAGCGCGUCGUGUACCACCACUGCCUGACGCAACCCCCCCUCGUCCCCCCCUCUCCUCACCGCCGCCUGGUCAUUGUCGGUCACUUUGCCACCAACCACACGGUCGGCAACCACCCCAUUUUCCACAUCCUGGACCUCGAGGUCAACCAGGCGUCUCAACACGGCAUGCCGGUGAUGUACGGCAACAUUGGCACUCAGGCCCAAAUUGCUCGUGGAUCGUUUGUGCACGCCAUUGCGUACGACCUGCAAGGCAUGUACCAGGAGACGUCUCCGUCGGGCCUCAUCCGCUACAUUUUCAGCCGUGACCACACUGUUGUGCGGUCCUUGUGCGGUAUGGUUCGUGCGCUUCCACUCUGUAACAGAUCUAUGAUUUGA